AUGAGUUCGGGUGGGUCGAGAAAACGGUUUGUUUGUUUUUACUUGUUUGUUGUGUGAUUCACUCGGCAGUUGUUAGGGACGGAGAAGCUUCAUGUUGUUUACACUGAGAUGUGCAGAUGGGAUUAGAGUAAGGUUAUAACCACAGACUGGACUCUCUACGAUGUACGACAGGUGGUGGCUUGUACACAAACAUCAUGACUUCCCAGCCUGUCACUCAACUCCGCUGUAACCACAAACCCUGGCUGCAUUUGAGCGGCCAUCGUACAGGUGACAGGCGCCACUGUGCGUCAUACUAAGAAAGAAUAACGCACUAUGAACCGAUACGCUGCCCUACGGCAGCUUGGCGAUGGCACCUAUGGCUCAGUCACACUGAGCCGCUGCCUGGAGUCUGGUGAGCUAGUUGCUGUCAAGAAAAUGAAAAGGAAGUUCUAUUCCUGGGAGGAGUGCAUGAAUCUCCGAGAGGUCAAGUCCCUGAAGAAACUCAACCACGCCAACGUGAUCAAGCUGAAGGAGGUCAUCCGGGAAAACGACGAAUUGUACUUUGUGUUCGAGUAUAUGAAGGAGAACCUCUACCAGCUAAUGAAAGAAAGAACACGCAUGUUUCCAGAGUCUGCAGUGAGGAAUAUUAUGUAUCAGAUUCUACAGGGACUUGCUUUCAUUCACAAACAUGGUUUUUUUCAUAGAGACAUGAAACCAGAGAAUCUUUUGUGCAUGGGUCCUGAUCUUGUGAAAAUCGCAGACUUUGGACUUGCACGAGAGAUCCGAUCUUGUCCUCCUUACACUGACUAUGUGUCGACAAGAUGGUACCGAGCUCCAGAAGUACUUCUCAAGUCCACAAGCUACAGCUCACCUAUAGACCAGUGGGCCGUAGGCUGCAUCAUGGCUGAACUCUACACGCUCAGGCCGCUGUUUCCUGGCUCCAGUGAGGUGGACACUAUUUUCAAGAUCUGCCAGGUUUUGGGAACUCCAAAGAAGAAUGACUGGCCAGAAGGAUGCCUGCUGGCAGCUACCAUGGGUUUCCGCUGGCCACAGUGCGUGCCCAUGAACCUAGCCUCCCUGAUCCCCAACGCUAGUUCUGAAGCCAUUCAGCUGAUGAGAGACCUGCUGCAGUGGGACCCCAAAAAACGGCCAGCAGCCAGCCAGGCCCUGCGCUAUCCCUACUUUCAUGUGGGUCAGGUCCUUGGUGCACCACAGCAGAUUCAGGACCAAGGAAAAACACAGCCUCCGCAACUCAGGCCAAAUCCUUCUCCUCAGAUCCCAACCCUCCCUUUACCUGAUACAACCUAUCAACCUCAACACCGUCCAGAGCCACCUAAAAGGCCAGGAAAGACAGAGGUCAGGACAGACAGAGCAGUGCGCAACCGCUUCCCUCAAAUACAUGACAAAGGCUUGCAGAGCAAGCUAACUCUAGAACCCGAGAAUGCAAAUUUGUCAGGCAGUUUAUCGAAGGCCAAAGGAGGCAGAAGGAGGUGGGGUAAUGUGACGGGGGUCUUAAAAGGUGAAGACUGGGAUGAUUCUGAGGACACAGACUCUACAAACACAACACUGAACAAAUCCAUUUUCACCAGCAAUGAAAAACGGCUACAGGGUGACAGCAGCAUGAACAGGCAGGGAAACGCUUUAGAUUUCAGUCUAUCCAACGCCAGGAAGGAUGGAGUCACAAAUAUAAACACCACGCUGCCCUUCCAGGAGUCAUCCAGGACAGCAUCAGCCAAACAGCAUUACUUGAACCAGUCAAGAUAUUUACCAGGGUUAAGCACAAAGAAGAAUGUAGCAGUAAACGCAGCAAAGGACUACAGUGGAAACCCGUGGGAGGGCAGCAGAGUUCCUGUCGGAGGAACGCUCCCUAACAUAGGCAGCCAUGAUUAUGCACCAUGGAAAUCAAGCAGGUCAAAUAGUCAUGUGGGCACGUCGUCUUACGUGCCAUCUCCCACCACAAGCACACACAGCACGCGAUCUCGGCCUUCAGUGCAACCCGUUCACGGCCGCACAGACUGGUCUGCCAAAUACGGCCGUCGUUAGGCCAAAUCCAGCACGCUGCUUUCUCUACCCUGUGAUGUACAUUUUUUUUUUUAAUCUGUCAUUUCUUAUACAGCAAUAAACUUUUACAUUCCUCUGUGUAAAUGGUUUGUGUAUAGUUUUGAUAUUGAUUUUGCAAAAUAUGCAGAAUAAUCUCAGUGCUGGUGUCAUUGUUUUUGUUGCAAAUUUCUCUUAUUCUGCAUAAUAAAAAUAAACAAAAAAUUUCA